AUGGCGCCUAUUCAGACGCAGACGAUAGCACCCCACCAAUUCACCAACCCCAUCACAGUCAUACGAGCGUCUGGACGGAUAUCCAAGCCCCCCGCGCGGUCAACACGCACGCAAAACAAGGCCUUGCUCUCCCACUCGCCACAGGUUCCUACAGCACACCCAGACAUCAACAUCACGUUGCUACGCAACAAGCUGCUGCUCCAGUGUCGUCAAUACGUAGCGUCGGAGCUCCUCCACGAAGCACUAGCAGACGGCAUCUACUCACGCGCCACGCACUGGAUUACACCGUCAUCCAGCGCCGCAUCAAAGUUCGGCAAGCGCAAAAGGUACUACGUGUUGGAUACGUCGACAUUCACGUUCCAGUCUCUCGGCAGCGCGUGGGAGGCGCGGAUCCUGUCGGGAGGCAGCCAGCCAAUCGACGCAGGCAACGGCGUCGUCAUUUUUGUGCAGGAGAGAAAAGAGUGGGAUGCCUUCAUGGCGGGGUAUAGGAGGCAAGGCAAGAGGUCUGGUCAGCUGAUGCGAUUGAAGCAAAAGGACACGGAGAGGGGGUGGAGGGAGGCUUGGAAGAGGAAGUGCGGGAUGGAGGAUCUAAACGGCAAGGAAGUCAAUGCGGGGCCCAUGUGGGUAUUGGUCAAAAGCGCAGUUGCGAAGAUUGUGAGGGGUGAGGCUUGA